AUGCCCGUCAAGCAACUCGAUACGCCGUAUCCCGUCAUCGAUACGGACCCUCAUUUCUCCCGUGUAGUGCGUUCCUUCCGUUCCUCGGACUACGUAGUCAUGGCUGGAGCUACGGCUGCCUUCCCUUCCGCCAUCUACCUGAUGGAGAUGUUCGAUCCAACGCGACCCAAGCGUGGAAUUGGAAGUGCUUUGCGUCUUUCGACGUUUUUGGGUCUGUGUGGUGGAUUCCUGUUUGCAUACCAACAAACAUCGUUCCGAUUCUGGGGCUGGAAGGAGAACGAAUUGGAACAACAGGCUAACCAGGCAGCUAUCGAUGCAGGCAUCAAGCCUCCUGGUACGGAUCCGACCAAGAGCGAUCUUUCGCCGCAUCUGCAGGGCGUAGCUCAUAGAAACAGCGCUUUUUCCCAGUUGAAGUUCAGCACACUUCCUUGGUUCAACAUGGUGAACCACCCAUACCAUGGCGGUGAUGACAACUCGCAGGAGUCUCGGUAG